AUUUCGUAUGAAAAAUUUCCCAGAAACCUGCCAACAUCAGAAAUAUAUUUGAUUUUCCAUAUCUAUUGUUGCUAUUGAGUUAUAUACCGAAUCUGGGUCGUGUGGUUCAUCUCUCUUCAUUUCAAGUAACUCUGGUUUCUCAAAAUCUUGGCCUUGUGUUGUAUUCAAAUUCCCAUUUUGGAUUUGUGAUUUUCACAUACAGCGCUUUCUCGGCUUUCUGAUAAAUCGAUACCCAUCUUCUAAGGAAUCAAUGCGUACCCAUUUGUGAAAAAAGAAGGAAAAUGUUUGCGAAGCUUCACUGUCUGGAUACCAACUGUUUCCAGGUGUUGUCCGCUAGGGCCUCACCAAACAUAGGAGAUUCCGCGUCCUCGUCGGACAAGGUUGAAUUCAUCAAGAAACGUAGAGUACAGAAAGUGCCUGAGAGUCCCAAUGGAGGGGUCAAGAGAUUUAGUAGAGUUUGUAGACAAACCCAUCAUGAUAGGAGAAGUGGUGCAUCCCAGAAACCAGGGUUGAACCAACAUGGUUUCGUGAAGGACCCUGAGAGAAAGCAGAGAAGGAACAGUGGGGGUGAUGGUAGAACCAUAAAUAAGAGGGGUGGUGUGGUAGGAUUCCGAUCGGGGAAUGCAAAUGAUUUGGUGGAGAAGGUGAGCACCAACUGUUCGAAAAAAUGGCUCUCUUAUGGAGGAUGCAUUCCAUCGAUUUUGCGAGCGUUGGAAACAGUAAAGGAUUUGGAUGAGGCUUUAAGUCCUUGGGAAGAGAGCCUUAGUAACAAGGAAAGAAGCAUAAUUUUGAAGGAGCAGUCCUGUUGGGAAAGGGCUUUGGAGAUUUUUGAGUGGUUGAAGAAAAAGGGUUGUUACGAAUUGAAUGUGAUUCAUUAUAACAUCAUGCUCAGAAUUCUUGGGAAAGCACGGAAGUGGCACCAUGUUGAGAGUCUGUGGGAUGAGAUGAUGAGCAGAGGGAUUACACCGGUUAAUUCCACUUAUGGUACCUUAAUUGAUGUUUAUAGCAAAGGUGGCCUUACAGAAGAAGCGCUUCAUUGGUUGGAUAGGAUGAACAAACAAGGGAUGGAACCUGAUGAAGUAACUAUGGGGGUUGUUGUUCAAACAUACAAGAAGGCUGGAGAGUUUAAAAAAGCAGAGCAAUUCUUCAAGAACUGGUCAUUGGGUAAAACUUUGAAGGAUGAGGGCAAAACUAGUGAACCAACUGCUACUAGUGCUGUAGAAAGUGCUUCUCAACCUCAUGUUUGUUUAAGCUCGUACACUUAUAAUACCCUGAUUGAUACAUAUGGCAAGGCUGGCCAGCUUCGAGAAGCAUCUGACACUUUUGCCAGGAUGCUUAGAGAAGGGAUUAUCCCAAACACAGUUACUUUCAAUACAAUGAUUCACAUUUGUGGCAAUCAUGGCCAGCUAGAAGAAGCGGCUUCAUUGAUGCAGAAAAUGGAAGAACUCCGAUGCCCUCCUGACACAAGAACAUAUAAUAUUCUCAUCUCCCUUCAUGCCAAGCACAAUAAUAUUGACAGGGCAGCAAGCUACUUUAAGAAGAUGAAGGAGGCUCGCCUUGAGCCAGACCUUGUGAGUUACCGCACCCUCUUGUAUGCAUUCUCAAUAAGGCAUUUAGUUGGUGAAGCUGAAAUCCUUGUCUCAGAGAUGGAUGAAAGGGGUCUUGAGAUUGAUGAAUUCACCCAAUCGGCUCUGACUAGAAUGUACAUAGAAGCAGGGAUGCUUGAGAAAUCUUGGUUGUGGUUUAGGAGGUUUCAUCUUGAAGGGAAUAUGAGUUCUGAGUGCUAUUCUGCCAAUAUUGAUGCAUAUGGGGAGCGUGGCCAUAUUUUGGAAGCUGAGAAAGCUUUUCUUUGCUGCAAAGAGAGUAGAAAACUGAGUGUCCUUGAGUUCAAUGUGAUGAUCAAAGCUUACGGGAUCAGCAACAGAUAUGAGAAGGCAUGUCAGUUGAUUGAUAGUAUGGAGAAUCAUGGUGUACUGCCAGACAAAUUUAGCUAUAAUUCUCUAAUACAAAUAUUAGCCAGUGCUGACCUCCCACACAAAGCAAAGUUCUAUUUAAUGAAGAUGCAGGAGACACAACUGGUAAGUGAUUGCAUACCAUAUUGUGCUGUGAUCUCAAGCUUUAUUAAAUUAGGUCAACUGGAAAUGGCAGAAGGACUGUUCAAGGAGAUGAUUGGAUAUAAUGUGCAGCCUGAUGUUGUCGUUUAUGGCAUUUUAAUAAAUGCUUUUGCUGAUGUUGGGAAUGUCAGAGAAGCUGUGAAUUAUGUUAAUGCAAUGAGAAAUGCAGGUUUACCCAUGAAUGCUGUUAUAUAUAACUCCUUGAUCAAGCUUUAUACCAAAGUUGGUUACUUAGAAGAAGCGCAGGAAGCAUACAAAAUGCUUCAAGCAUCAGAAGUGGGUCCAGAUGUGUAUUCUUCAAAUUGUAUGAUUGACCUCUACAGCGAGAGGUCCAUGGUUAAACAAGCAGAAGAAAUUUUUGAAAGCUUGAAGAGAAAAGGGGAUGCCAAUGAGUUUUCAUUUGCAAUGAUGUUGUGCAUGUACAAGAGAAUUGGGAAGUUAAAGGAAGCCUUUCAGAUUGUACAAAAGAUGAGAGAACUGGGACUUGUAACAGAUUUGUUGAGUUAUAAUAAUGUGCUUGGGUUCUAUGCAAUGGACGGGAGAUUUAAGGAUGCAGUGGGAACUUUUAAGGAGAUGAUAGAAGCUGCCAUUCAACCGGAUGAUUGUACAUUCAAAUCACUGGGAGUUGUGCUAGUGAAAUGUGGAAUUCCAAAGCAGGCUGUUGGCAAACUGGAAAUGACUAGGAAGAAGGAUCCUCAGAGUGGCCUGCAGGCAUGGACAUCAAUCCUCUUUUCUGUGGUUGAGGUGGAUGACACUGAUGCUCAGAUAUCCUGCUCGGCUACCAGCUUUUCAAGUACAGUUUGUGUUAGCUAAAUGUUGCAAUAUAUAGUUGGAACAAUGAAGUUCAAACAGUGAUCUGAUAGCUGCAUCUUGUUGGAAAAUUUCACAUGUCAAAAGCUGGAAGUCUCUUUGAGUUGGCAAGGAUUCCUCUUACACACAGUUGUGGUGAAACUAACCUCAUAUCCCUUUGAGGUGGUCCAAGGAUUAGAGGAAGACUAAAAGGAAGAGAUGAGCAAAGAUCAAUUGACCUAUAGUCUAAUUGAGAAGUGCACAAGGUAGAAUUAAAUGGCGCAGAAAUGGCAUUUGGGUACCCAAUCCCUUGUAGUUGAGAUAAGGCUUUAUUGAAUCAAUUUGAAAUGGGCAUUAUGUAAAUCUACUAGUUCAUGAACUGGAAAUGGUAUAACUGAGGAUGCUGAUUCUGUCUCUUAACAUAAUGCUGCAGUUUUCUCUUAAAUUA